UUUUGCAUUCAUUAAGACCGAAAUGAGAACUGAGAAGUCUCUGCCACUGUCAUUAUUUUUGUUUGGAUGUGGGUCAAAUAUUUUGGGAUGUUUAUGUUUUUUAAUAAAUUUCGUUAAUUAUAAUUAAAGUAAUAUAUAUGUGAUACAAUCAUGAAGAAGGAACGCACGGGCGACAAUUGUCGCCCAUUUAAAUUAGCCCAUCAAAUACUAAGUUUAACUGGUAUAAGCUUUGAAAGAAGAAGUAUAAUUGGCUUUGUAGAGCUUACAGUGGUGCCUCUAAAAGAUAACCUACGAUACAUACGGCUUAACGCGAAGCAGUCUCGUAUAUACCGGGUGUGUUUGAAUGACCAGUAUGAGGCCAACUUUCAGUAUUGUGAUCCAUUUUUGGAUAUUUGUCAAUCAGAUCCUAACACGAGAUCUUUGGAGUUGUUCUCCCAGUAUCACCUAGCAGCGGCACAGAAGAUUGACCCAGAUCACAAUUCAGGCGAGCUUCACAUACAAGUGCCUGAUGAAGCGGCACAUCUGGUUGGGGAAGGGAGAGGACUCCGUAUUGGCAUUGAAUUCUCCUUGGAGUCUCCUCAGGGAGGGAUGCACUUUGUUGUGCCUGAUGGGGAGGGCACUUUGGUGGAGAAAUCUGCUCACAUGUUCACAUAUGGACACUCAGCUCGGCUAUGGUUUCCAUGCGUGGACAGUUUCGCCGAGCCGUGUACUUGGAAACUUGAGUUCACAGUAGAUGAAAGCCUGACAGCUGUGUCAUGUGGAGAGCUAGUGGAUGUAGUGUACACUCCAGAUCAUAGACGGAAGACAUUCCACUAUCUGGUCAAUACACCUGCUUGCGCUCCUAACAUUGCUUUGGCUAUUGGGCCAUUUGAAACCUAUGUUGAUCCUCAUAUGAAUGAAGUGACACAUUAUUGUUUACCGAACUUGAUGCAAAUAUUGAAGAACACAGUGCGCUACUUACAUGAAGCUUUUGAGUUUUAUGAGGAGACAUUAUCUACUAGAUAUCCAUAUCCAUGUUACAAACAAGUGUUUGUAGAUGAGACGGAAGACGACGCUACCGCCUACACAACAAUGUCUAUCAUGAGCACACAUUUGCUCCAUUCAAUCGCUAUAAUAGACCAAACAUAUAUAAGCAGAAAGUGCAUGGCUCAAGCUGUAGCCGAGCAGUUUUUUGGCUGUUUCAUCACCAUGCAAAAUUGGUCUGACUUGUGGUUGGCUAAAGGUAUACCGGACUAUUUGUGCGGCCUGUACUCGAAAAAAUGCUUUGGUAACAAUGAGUAUAGGUACUGGAUACACCAGGAAUUGCAGGAGGUGGUUGGUUAUGAAGAACAAUACGGCGGCAUAGUGCUGGACCCGUGGCAGCCGCCCGCCAGCGGCGCCCGCGUAGAACCCAAAGACGUGUUCUACUUUCCCGUACGCAAUGUUCACACCAUGUCGCCACGGUAUAUUGAGAUAAUGCGGAAGAAAUCUCAUCUAGUUCUACGUAUGUUGGAACAAAGAAUUGGUCAAGAACUUUUGCUCCAAGUUUUUAACAAACAAUUGGCUUUGGCCACCAAUGCUGCCAACACUAAAAUCGGCAGUGGACUAUGGGGACAUCUCUUACUGUCCACAAAUUUAUUCGUGAAAGCCAUAUUCACAGUGACUGGAAAAGACAUGGCAGUGUUUGUGGAUCAGUGGGUGAGGACUGGUGGCCAUGCGAAGUUUCAGCUCACUUCUGUGUUCAAUAGAAAAAGAAAUACGGUAGAACUAGAGAUCCGUCAAGACUGCGUGCACGAACGCGGCAUAAGGAAAUACGUGGGUCCAUUACUGGUGCAACUACAGGAGUUGGACGGCACGUUCAAGCACACGCUGCAAAUAGAGAACACGGUGGUGCGAGCUGAUAUCACCUGCCACAGUAAAAGCAGGCGUAACAAGAAAAAGAAGAUUCCCCUGUGCACAGGAGAGGAAGUUGACAUGGACCUUUCGGCUAUGGAUGACUCGCCAAUUCUAUGGAUCCGGCUCGACCCCGAAAUGUCGCUUCUCCGAAGCACGGUUAUAUCGCAGCCUGACUACCAGUGGCAGUACCAGUUGAGGCACGAGCGUGACGUCACAGCUCAAAGCGAGGCUAUAGAUGCUUUACAUAAUUACCCGGAACCACCUACCAGGAAGGCGUUAACUGACACUAUAGAGAGCGAGCAGACAUAUUACAAGAUUAGGUGUAAAGCGGCGCAUUGUUUGACAAAGGUUGCUAAUGCAAUGAUCAGCUCAUGGGCGGGUCCGCCGGCGAUGUUGACGAUAUUCCGCAAAAUGUUUGGGUCGUCCUCGGCGCCGCACAUCAUCAAACAGAAUAAUUUUGACAAUUUGCAACAUUAUUUCUUGCAAAAAACUAUACCCGUCGCUAUGGCUGGUUUACGUAACAUACACGGUAUUUGUCCCCCGGAGGUGGUGAAGUUUCUUUUGGACUUGUUUAAAUACAAUGAUAAUUCCAAAAAUCAUUUCUCUGACAACUAUUACAAGGCAGCUUUGGUGGACGCAUUAGCAGCAACCAUUACCCCUGUUAUAUCAGUACUACAGCCUGGUGCUCCCAUAACCGCAGAUUCGCUGUCGGCGGACACUAGACUGGUUUUAGAGGAAAUAACUAGAGUCUUGAACUUAGAGAAGGUGUUGCCCUGUUAUAAAAAUACAAUAACAGUGAGUUGCUUGCGAGCCAUCCGUCGUUUGCAGCAAUGCGGCCAUUUGCCGAGCAUUCCGACUGUAUUCCGAGCGUACGCCCAGUAUGGACAAUAUAUUGAUGUGCGUCUGGCGGCGUUCGAAUGCCUGGUGGAGUUCGUGCGCGUGGACGGGCGGCCGGAGGACCUGUCGUCGCUGCUGACGGCGGUGGAGAGCGACCCGGACCCGGGCGUGCGGCACGGGCUGGCGCGCCUGCUCGUGCGCACGCCGCCCUUCGAGCGCGCGCAGCGGCAGCGCCUUGAUACAGAGGCCGUCGUGCACAGGCUCUGGAGCAACAUAAACAGUCUCCUAUCAAACGACGCGCGGUUGCGAUGUGACCUCGUUGAUCUCUACUACGCAUUGUACGGCUUAAAACGGCCAAUAUGCGUCCCACUGCCAGAAAUACAGGCAAUGAUGAAACAGAUGCACCACAAAGAGCGCGAGCGGCUAGAAAGAGAAAGGGAAAGGGAGCGGGAAAGAGAAAGAGAGAGGGAGAGAGGCCGGGAGAGAGAGAGACAAGCUGCUAUCGAAAUGCAGCCGGUGAUUAAGCAGGAGAUUGUUGAUAUGAAAUAUGAAACUGACAUAGUUCCAAUGACGGAUCCCGGGGUACCGCUACCCCCAGCUGUUGAUACGAAGAUAGAGGUACCCCUUGAGGACGUGUUGCCGGUACCCCUGUCCAGUAUAAAGGAGGAGGACGCCAAGGUCGACGUGACAUCAAUACAGACGGACAUGCCGAUACGCGUUUAUAGCCAGGAUGAUUCGAAACGCGAGUUCAUAUCGGACAACGCAGCACCGCUGCCUGGCAUACCGGGCACGUCUGGACCCAUCGGCUUCGAACCUGGCAUGUUCAAACACGAAAAAGACGAUUUGGGAGCUCCUAAGGCCAAGAAGAAGAAGAAGGAAAAGAAGAAGCACAAGCAUAAGCACAAACAUAAGCACAGCAGCAAAGAGAAAGGGUCCAAAGAUAAGGAGCAUAAGGAUAAAGACCGGUCUCUCAUCCCCCGACCUCCCUCAAGCACCGAACAUCUGAAAAUCAAAGAGGAGACUCGGGAAACACUCAGCUCGUUUAGUUCGAGUCAAAGUCCUUCAGAGGACAUUAGUUCGAUGCCUACGAACAUGAGUUUUUAAUACGCGGAAGAUAAUAAUAUGUAGAUUAAGGAAGAAUUUAAUAUUAAAUUUUAUGGAAAUAA